AUGGGGGCGAGGUUUAUCCAGGAAGUGUACUACCCUGAUUGGUUGGCAAAUGUUGUAAUGGUCAAGAAGGCAAAUGGUAAGUGGAGAAUGUGCGUGGAUUUUACCGACUUGAACAAGGCUUGCCCGAAAGAUAGUUAUCCGCUGCCACGCAUUGAUCAAUUGGUGGAUUCAACUGCGGGCCACAAGUUGCUUAGUUUCAUGGACGCUUUUUCAGGAUACAAUCAAAUAAGGAUGGACGAGGCGGAUCAGGAGAAAACAUCCUUUGUCACUAGUCAAGGCCUAUUUUGUUAUAAGAUUGGGCGGAAUGUGGAAGUCUAUGUAGAUGACAUGCUGGUAAAGAGCCAAGACGAAGGAAGGCAUCUAGACGACCUGCAGGAGACAUUUAACACGCUGAGACAGUAUCACAUGAAGCUGAAUCCUAGUAAAUGUGCUUUCGGAGUAUCAUCAGGGAAAUUCCUUGGUUUUAUGGUCUCACACAGGGGAAUUGAAGCGAAUCCUGAUAAAAUUCAAGCAAUACUGGACAUGAAGCCUUUGCAAAAUACAAAGGAGAUCCAAUCUCUUACUAGACGAGUCGCUGCACUCAACAGAAAAGCAUUCGAAUGGACCGACGAGUGUCAGAGAGCUUUUGAGGAUCUGAAGGCAUACCUUACCAAGUCUCCAUUGUUGAGUCCGUCAGUAGUGGGAGAGAAAUUAUAUUUAUAUUUGGUGGUAACCCCAUAUGCCUGGGCCGUCGAGCUCAGCGAAUUUGACAUCAGAUAUCAACCAAGGCAUGCUAUAAAAGCUCAAGCAUUAGCAGAUUUCAUUGCAGAAUUUACCCCGAGUCAUGACGAGACAGAAGACAAUGAUAGAUGGGUCGUCCAUGUGGAUGGGUCAUCCACAAAGUAUGCAGGUGGGAUCGGUGUGGUUUUACAGUCCCCAGAAGGAGACAAAUUGAGGCACAAGGUUCGUCUACAGUACCAAGCAACUAACAAUGAAGUCGAGUAUGAAGCCCUUUUCAAAGGGCUAGAAUUGGCCAAGUCUGUGGAAGCCAAGUCUAUAUUCGUCCUGGGAGAUUCUCAGUUGGUCAUGGGGCAAGUAAAUGGAAUGUAUGAAGCAAAAGAGGAACGAAUGAGGAAAUACCUUAGUAGGGUGAUGUGCCUAAUGAAGAGAUUUGAAAAAGCUAAAUUCGUCCAAAUCCCAAGGGAGGAAAACGUGGAAGCUGAUACUAUAGCGAAAGAAGCCUCGGCAAGUGAAUUCAUAGACAAAUCUGACCAAAUUCAGUACAUGCCAAGCAUAGAUAUUCCAGAAGUACAACAGCUACCAGAAGAGAAAGACGAAGCAAGGAAGCUGAGGGUGAGAUCGGCUAGAUAUCUACUUCUGAACGAAGUGUUAUACAAGAGGGGUUUUUCUCAACCUUAUCUUAGGUGCUUGGCUUCGGACGAAGCAAACUACGUGCUGAGGGAAGUUCAUGAAGGAGCAUGUGGCAAUCACUCCGGAGCCAAGUCCCUUGUCUCCAAGAUCGUCCGUGCAGGGUAUUACUGGUCAAAUAUGCAAGCUGAUGCUAAAGCGUACGUCAAGGUCUGCGACCAAUGUCAACGAUUUAGCAACGUCCCCAGACAGCCAUCAGAAUUCGGAGUGCCCAAGGUAUUGGUAUUUGAUAAUGGACGACAGUUUGACAAUGCACUCUUUAGGGACUUCUGCGCACACUUUGGAAUAAAGAAUCACUAUUCCUCACCCGCUCAUCCUCAAGCAAAUGGUCAAGCUGAAGUGGCAAACCAAUCCUUGUUGAAAAUCAUCAAGAUCCGGCUUGAGGGGGCAAAGGGGGUAUGGCUAGAGGAGUUACCUGGUGUUCUAUGGGCCUACAGGACGAUGGUGAGAACCCCUACGGGGGAAACUCCUUUCAAGCUAACUUAUGGAAGCGAAGCAGUCAUACCGGCAGAAGUACAUAUGGCCAAUCACAAGGUGAUGAUGUAUAAAGAUAAGGACAAUGAGGAGCAGCUCCGUUUGAACCCUGAUCUAGUAGACGAGGUAAGGGCAGACGCAGAAUACAGAACAGCAAAGUACAAGAACCUCAUGGCUAGGCAAUAUGACGCAAUGGUGAAGCCUAGGCGUUUCAACAUAGGAGAUCUCGUCCUAAGAAAGGUCUCUUUGGCAACUAAGAACCUAGCACAUGGGAAAUUGGGCCCGAAUUGA